AUGGCUAAGGCAACUGAACUGAAAGUGUCCUCAUCUGUGCGCCAAACAAGUGGUUUUGUAUCAGUUUAUGUUGGUGAUGAGGUUACUUUGCAAUGUUUCUAUGAAGGUAAUGUAGCAAGGCUUUACUGGUAUAAACAAACUCUGGGACAGAAACCAAGGCUCAUCUCUACUUUCUACAAGUACGAUAGAAAUGGAACUUUUCAUGAUGAAUUCAACAACAAUCCACGCUUUACACUGGAUACUGCAACAGGUCAAAAUCACUUGAAGGUCUCAGAUUCACGUGUAUCAGACUCAGCUACUUACUACUGCGCAAGUAGCUUUACAUAUAUUUUUGAAUUUGCAGAGGGCACUAUUGUCAGUGUAAAGGCUUCAGGUUUGACCGUCCCAGCUUUGGUCCAUCAGUCAGCAUCUGAGCCCAUCCAGCCAGGAGGCUCUGUGACUCUGAACUGUACAGUACACACUGGGACCUGUGAUGGAGAACACAGUGUUUACUGGUUCAAAAACUCUGAAGAAUCUCAUCCAGGACUCAUUUACACCCAUGGAGGCAGGAACAAUCAGUGUGAGAGGAAUUCCAGCACACAAACCUGUGUCUACAACUUGCCAAUGGAAAGUCUGAAUCUUUCUCAUGCUGGGACCUACUACUGUGCUGUUGCCUCAUGUGGACACAUACUGUUUGGAAACGGGACCAAGCUGGAUUUGGAAGAUGCGCCGGACUCUCUUGUCUUGGUGUAUUUCUUGAGUGGGGCUUUGGGAUUGACCACCAUCCUAGUUGUUUUGCUGGCUUUCUUGGUAUACAAGAUAAACAAGCGAAAUAGCUACUCAGGACCAGACUCUCAAGUAAAGAUUCAUGCUCCCUCCACAGCAGAUGCAGAGAGCUACCAAAAUGAAGACAGCCUCCAUUAUGCUGCUCUAAAUGUUAACCUGCCCACCAGAUCAAGAAGACAGAGGAACGACACCAAGAGUGAAUGUGUGUACUCCAGUGUGAAGCAGUCAAAUUCAUAGAAUCAUUUUGAACAUGUUUUGUACAUUUACAUGUUGAUCUUGAGAUAAAAAUCUCCUUUCUAUCUUCCUUGUGGUCUGCCGUCAACAGAUGAGAGCUCUCGGUGCUUUGGUAUGGUAAAGAAGGCCAGAUUAAUUUAUGUGCAUUAUGCAUU